AAAAGUGUUUUUCGUGUGUUAUCUAAACAGGCCGGUGAAAAUGUUCUCCCUCGGAAGUUCGGUGCUGUCCCGGCUGGCCAGCCCGUCGGCGCUGGCCACCAACGCCCGGCUGCUGCACGUUUCGGCGCUGGAUCUGGCCGCCCGCAAGGGCACGCGCGAGAAGGCGCGCAAGGCCAAAGUCAAGAAGGUCGUCGAGAAGGUGGGCUUCAUCCGGCACGACAUGCGGAACAAGGGAAAGUUGAACCUUCAGCAGGUCAACAAGCACAUCGACGACAGCUGGAAGCAGACUCCGACGGACAACUGCUGGGUGAGCAAGUACUACAAGUGGCGCGUGUACACGGUGGAGGAGGCCAUCCGGUGUCACCGGGAGACGCACCAUCCUACGAUGUACAACCUUCCGAAUGCGCCACUUCACGCGCACAUCGAGCUGAACAUGCAGGCCGAGAAGAUUACGCGAUUCGUGGAGAACUUCCAGCGGAUGGUGGCCAUUCCGAACCGGUUCGAGCACGGUGAAAAUCGGAACAUCAUCGUGUUCGCCAAGGGACAGGAAGCGCUCAAGGAAGCGACCGACGCCGGUGCAACUCUCGUCGGCGGAGUUGAGCUCAUCAAGGAGAUUCAGAACGGCGAUCUGCAACUCUCGGAAUACCCGUUCGUGCUAGCGCAUCCCAACAUCCUGCCCGAUCUGGUCGUCAUCCGUGGUCUGCUGAAAAAGAGCAAGUUUCCCAACCCCCGGCUCGGAACGCUCGGCACCAACCUGGCGGAAAUGAUCGAGCGGUACUCGAACGGAAUCCAGUACUCCGCAGAACGGGACGAAAACCAAAAGGACUUCGGAACGAUCCGCGCCUGCGUCGGAACGCUCCAGAUGGACGCCCAAAAGCUGGAACAGAACCUGUCCAUCCUGCUGCAGGACGUCAACACGAUGCGGCCAAAGCGCGAGGGCAAAUUCAUCACGCGGGUGCUGCUCAAAAGUCCACCGUCCGGGGAAUCGCUCAAGAUUGACCCGUUCCUGUACGUUCCGGCCGAGGGUAAGGCGGCGCCGAAGAAGGGCAAGGCAGCGGCGGAGGAAGCGGCCGAGGAGUCGGACGGAGAGGACGAGAAGGUGGCCGCCAGCAAUUGAGUUGGGUUGGGGGAAUUUUAGUGUGAAAUAAAUGUUUUUGAAA